GUCGACAGAGUACUCGCAUCACUGAAGCCGUAAAUACCGCCAAAUGACUAAAACCGAGGAGCUGCUGCGCUCAAAGGCAACGAGGGUGAACAUUCUUCUAUAUUUGAGUGCGUUUGUGGCGUUUUUAGGAGCUCCUCUUUUUUUCUUCACCACUCUGAUUCACAGGGCUCAUUUGCCGGCAGAAGAUGUCCAGCACAGAGUCGACGAGUUUGCCCAGAGCUCACAGAUCAAUAUUCCAGUGUACUUCGAGAAUUCGCAAGCAAUUCCGGGUCUUAUCGAACAUACCCAACAAGCCAUUGAUGCGUCGCUUGCACAACAAAACUUGGCUCGCAACUGGGGGCUCACUUUGCAAUCUAGAGAUGCUGGAAAAAUCGAUAAGUUACAAGACUAUGUUGUGAGACUUGAAGAACAUCAAACAGACGUUAAUGCCGAGUCGAUAAAUUCGUACAAGCUUUCCAAGACGUCGAAAGAAAUUGGCAUUUUGACACAUAUAGAAUCACUGUCUGCUAGUGACUUGGCGAGCUACAUCUGCCAAGUGCUUCUCGAGAUCGUUUUUAAGGAUGAAUUAGCCUUCAUUUCGACGCUUUUGGCCGAUGUGCCAAGCACAGAUGUGGUUUUCCCUUACUCUCCCACUUACAACGUGGUGUUCAACUUGUUUGUGGAAGAUGGGCGCCAAGUAGACUGGCCAAUCGAAGAAGCGGUUGAAUUCAUUCAGCCGGUCUUUGAUGCCCUCAGCAAUUCGAGCACAUUCAAACCCAGCAGCCAAAUCCAAUACUACUCUAAGUUGCAAAGCGAGCCCAUUUUGAACGAAGACGGCACAGCAAGAAUUAUUCCCCAGAGUGACUUGGCGACGUUCAUAAAUUACGGGGAAUGGAACUUGAACACGCAUGAUAUUGCACCUUCAAUCAACUUUCUUGUCUUCUUCCCUCAAAGCACAUACGCGAAUGUGCACUUGCUUGCGGAGAGUUCAAAAACCAACUCAUUUUUAAUUCCACAAUGGGGCGGGGUGCAUAUCUACAACGCAAACACCAAAAUCGACCGUGAUCAGAAAUUCAAAUUUAGGACUGCGGAAUUGAACCUGAUUUUCGAUAUUUUUGCCUCGCAGUUGUUCGAGUUACUAGGCGUGCCCAACGCACCUCUGAGCCCCGCCCUUAGAAUCGCUGCGUUCCAUAGAAUCACUACGUUGAAGAAUUUGAAGCGGGCGUUGAACAAUUUGACUGCUCUCCUCAAAUUGUCCAGCUCAUUAAACGGAAUCUCCAUACCGGAAUCCACAAGGGAGCAUGUUUUGGCAGCUCUCGAAAACUACGACAUUGCUGUUCAGAAAUUGCAUCAGAACGACUUUGGGGCUGCUGUGGCAUUUGCUGGUCGAAGUGUUGAGCAAUCCGAUAAGGCGUUUUUUGAGAAAGAAAUGGUGCAGCAGGCGUACUUCCCCAGCGAACAUAAGCUUGCCGUCUUCCUGCCUUUGCUUGGUCCUAUUUGCUCUAUUGUGUUUUUUGGAUUACUCAAGUAUUUAAGAAGCAGAAAGACAGAGGAGUUGAGCAGUGAAGAACUCAAGAAAAAACAAAUAUAGCUCAAAUAAAUAUAUAGUUUGCGAGGGCCACUUCGUCCGAAAACUAGUCAAAUUUGAAAUCAGAAGUAUUCUUGAUUGAUCCAGCUUCCU